GUGAUGCUGUGUUGCAAGAAGAGGAGGAUAUUGUAUUAAACACAGGAGACACCCUACAAUGCUCAGCGAGUGGCCUCACACUUGUAAACAGCUCUACAUUCUGUGGCGCCAUGAGGGAUCCCGCUGGGCCAUUUAGUAACUGCCAUUCAUAUGUGUCCCCUGAUACUUUUAUUAUGGACUGUCUCUAUGACACAUGUGCAGAGUUUGCCAGCAGAGAGUUCCUCUGCUCAAACAUGGAGCAGUAUGCACUUGCCUGCCAGCAAAAUGGGUCUGCAGUUGAUGGCUGGAGGGAAUCCACUGAAUGUACUAUACCCUGCACUGCUAACAGCACUUACAAAGAUUGCAUGAACGCCUGCCCUGCAUCCUGCAGCAACAUGGCAUCAGAAUCUGAGUGUGAGGCACCAUGCAAUGAAGGAUGCCAGUGCGAUGACGGAUUCAUUUUUAGUGGAUUUGAAUGUGUUCCAUAUAAAGAUUGUGGAUGCUCCUACCUCAACAUAUACUACAAGGCUGGAGAUACCUUCAUUACUGAUGACUGCUCACAGAACUGUAGUUGCACUGAGGGCUCAUUCCUGGUUUGUGAUAGUAUGGAGUGCGCAGAUGGAGAAGAAUGUACUACAUCAAAUCAGAUCCGUGGAUGUUAUAUCCCUGGCCCUUGUCUGGAAAACCCUUGUCAGAAUGGUGGUACCUGUGAGGAAGUGCCAGGAUCAAACAAUUCCACCAGUGGCAUGAAAUGCCAGUGCCCCAAUACCCACCAUGGCCCCUAUUGUGAAGAUGAAAAACAAUUGAAUGAUAAGACCAUCUACAUUGUGAUUGGCGUUGUGCUCUCAUUCUUUGUCAUCAGUUUGGUGUUAAUUGUUGCUGCAUAUUUCUACUUCAGAUCCAGGAAAAGCAAGCAAAUGUUUGAUGUGAGCAGUGCCUCAGAAGAUGGAAGUGACAGCGGCUCUAUACACUAUGCUUAUCGAGAGCCAGGGGGUCAUGUCAAUUUUGCAUUUAAUGAUAAUUUGGGGGACAGUGGAGUUUUUACAACAAAAAUGAGAGCCAAUGCAAAUGUAAAUGUAGAGAGUGCAGAACCCGGUGCUCGGGUUAAUCUUGCAUUUGAAGAUGGACAUGUGAAUCAAACAGAUGACUUGACAAUAUUUUAAUUAUAAAUAAAAUUGCUAACACAUCCCAUUUAUUUUUUCAUUUUUAUUAUAUUUGCUUUAAGAUGUGUUAAUAAAGCCACUUAAAUAACAUUGCCUUGUCCUUCCAUACUCUGAUCAUUUUGCAAGGUUAUUUGGGCUCCAAGGUUAUUUAUAUGUGCACAUGUUACAUGAAUGUACUGUAUUUUUGCACCUUUUCCAACCAUAAAUUAUAAACUGCUUUUAUAAAUUAUAGUGUAAUAUUUGUAAAAAUAAAUA